CAACAUCAUCAACAAAUAUGAUGAUUAUAAAUUAUAAUUAUAAUAAAUUAAUAUCAUUAAAUCAAUUAUAUAAUAAUAGUAUAAAUUCAGAUGAUACAUUAUCAAGUAUAUCAAGUAUUGAUUCAUUAUUAGAAUCAAGACGUGAAAAUCCUGAAGAAAUACUUUGUGGUUUAGGUUUUGCUGCUAGUACAUUUGAAGAUGAAAUUAAUCCAUUAUCACGUAUACCGAAACGUUUUUUUCGUCAACAAUCAUUAGCAAAAGGUGUUAAUGUUGAUAAAAUUAUUGAAAUGAUAAUGAUUAAUAAUGAAUUUUUACAACAAUCAUCAUCAUCAUCAUAUUAUAAUCAAUCAAAAAAUAAUGAUUUACGUAUGCAUUUAUUUAAAACUAAACAACAAUUAAUUGAUAAUGAUAAUUGGAAACAACAACGUCGUCAUACAAUUUCAGAUUUGGAAUAAACAAAAA